AUGGCAGUCACUGUACUACCUACCAGCUCUAUGACUGAUGCUGUGAAGCUAGCUGUCCGGUCAACAACAACAUGCUCCGAUAACACUGUGUUGUCCCUCCAAAGCCUCCUCCGCGCAACAUCGAAAGCACCCGAGAAGCCUGUGCGACGAGGUACAAAGUCAACGAAAGAUACAUCAAGGCCAACAAGUAGAGCUACUACCACCCGAAAGACCAAGACAGCUUCUACGGGCGAUGCGCUACAUUCUCUCGUCGACCAAGAUGCGCCCCUACUCAACCCCCAAGAGAAACUCCUCCUCGCCACAGAGGUAUUCAACACCACCCUCAAGACCCUCACCGACGCGUUAAAAUCCCCUCCUGUCAAGCGCCAGACCACAACUACCGAGAAAUCUUCUCCGACAUCCACAAAAAAGACCAAUGGCUCCGGAGAUGCGGGGGUCAGUUCCGCCGCGGAGUGCGCCCGACUCGCCUUAUCAACAUUGAGAACUCUGAAAAGCGACCAAGGAAACAAAGAAACAUUGAAUAUGCAGCUCGAGCAAGGAGUAUGCGUACUAUCAGGGAAAUUGAUAUCGUUGGGACUAAACGAGAUGGCGAGCAAGGAAUUAAGAUCGCUCAAACGACGAAUCCAGCAACACCUAGACAUGAAAAAGACCGGAAAGAAAGCGACGGCUGCAACUGAUACCGGGGACGACGAAACCGCAAAGGAGAGGAUGUCGGAUCUCUUGACCUUCUCGAAUCUCUCGGCUGCACAGGAUACAUACGGUCUGCUUGUUACCUUUCAAGCGAACGCAAUGCGACUUCUUGCUGCGGAUCGGAAAGCUUCCACAAUUCUCAAGCUCUGUCCCUUCUUACAGAUCUCCGAUCCCAGUAGUCCCGCACAAAUGAUUCUGGCUGCUUUGAAGGCCGGAAGCUUAUCAGAUGAUAAAGCUGCUCUUCAGCUUCAGCUCCUUUCGAAUACCGUGCUUUCUCUUUGUGCUGGAAAGCCCUCAUCCGCUGAAGGUUCUGCAGUGAACAAGGAUGCAUUGAAGCCAAUCACUGUCCUGGGUCUUCAACUUCUCUCAUUAGAGAUUCGAUGCUUGGGAUGGAAGAUAUCUGGUCACGUAUGCGAUGAAAGCAAAGAAGUCCAUGAUCCUCUUCUCCGAUAUCUUGGAAGCUUCUCCCAUCGCAGCAAAGCAGUUGAAAAGUCCGAAUUUGCAACUGUGUUCAAGACAAUCACACGAAUUCAGGCUUCUACAUCAGAAAUCAAGAAGACACCCCCCGAGUCCAAGGAUGUGAGUCUAACUGCCAAGAUUAUGGUCCUUCUUGGACAGCUUGCUUUGGAUGCUGGGUGCUUGGACGAAUCACUCAAAUUAUUCACGAAGGCUCUUCCAGCUUUGUCAAAUUCACAAAGUCUCUCGUUGGCUACUGUUCAAUGCAAAAUUGCUUCUGUAUCAUUUCAAGGCUUGAAGAACUCUGGAAAAUACUUGAAGGGAGCAUUGAAAGCAACAUCAGACGCUACAUCCUCCUUGGGUUUACAACUUCGAGGUAGUGCUACUGACCUGGAUGAACUUCUCGUUGAGGCUGCUCGGUUAAAGAAGCUUGCACUCUCCUGGUUUGGUGAAACUAUCGCGAAAGCUCUUGAUGAGGAUAGUGAAAAGAACGAAGUGGCAUCUCAAAUUCGAGAAUAUCUUCAAGCAUUCCUGCGAUUUCUGAGGCGUUACGUUGGAAGGCCGCCUACAGAGGAGAGUGAUGAGAAGGAACAUGACUUAUUUACAGAGCGUGUCGAUAGAUGCAAAAACAUCAUCAUGGCCGCUAUUGACUCAUCUGUUGCCGUUGGAAAAUUAUCAAUCGUGUCACAAAGACCACCGUGGGAUGAUAUGCUUCCUAUUUUGACAGACUGCCAUCGUUUGCUCACCAGUAUUGAAAGUGCCGACGAAACUUGCUCCGAUGCUUCAACCAUUGGGACAGGGCUUGUGAAGCUUUCCAACCUAUUCUGGUCUCGCUAUAUCAAAGAGAAGGAGGCUGGUCAAAGUUAUGAUACUCUGUUGCCCCUGCUCAAGCAUUCUACUCAAAUAAUCUCCGGUUGCCCACCAUCACUCCGCAGCACUGCAUUUGCAGCACUGAAGUUUGAGAGAAUGGCUCAUCUGUACUUGGAAGGCAAUAUGCACUCAGAGUCUGAGAGGGCUUUCCGACAGUCCAUCACAGAGCACAUCGAAUCGAAUGCUCUUCAAGAAAUAGUUGAAAGUGGCUCGGUGACCCACGCUGUUUCAGGGAGUCAAAACACUCAAAGUCCUACUUUUAUGUUGGGUCGUGUUCUCUCGGCGUUUAUGAAGAUGAAGCUGCGAAGGAAGAGCUCCAAGUCAGCCGGCUUCUUCGACACCGUUGAGCUAGAAUCCAAACAAAGAGGUGUACUUCUUGAGUGGCAGAUGGGUAUUUUGAUUGAUUUGCAUGAUUACUGUUCAAGCGAGGAAGAGUUCAGAUCACUUUUGACGCCCAUUGUGUCAAUUCUUCUCUAUAUCUACCCUAAUUAUGUCCACCCUCUACGUCGGGGACGGGUUUUUUUGUCCGCUCUUCGUUGCUUACUUGAACACCCUGGUUCUCUUGAGCAGAGCCUCUUCGAGAGACUCAUGGAUGAAAGUACGGACGCUCUGAAUGAUGGAAUUCAACUUGGAGACGAUGCCGACUUGGCGAAAUAUGCGCAACACAUCACCAACUCCUUGCGCAUUAUUGUUGGCUUCCAUAAGGGUCAAAUGGACCACAGCGAGCUCACAGAUACGCUUGCAUCAUGGAACUCCAUGCUUCGUCAAUGCACUGACUGGAAAACAUUAUUGCUCUGUGUCAAUGAUACAGACUAUUUUGUUCUUCAACUGAAGGCCCUGGUUGACUACACAGAAAUCCAUGGUCUUUGGAAAGACCAGCUCUGUGCUUUGGAGUUGAUUCUCAGAGUAGCUGAACUCCAGCAAACUGGCGAUCUUUCAGAUGCGAUCAGCAUUCUCUCACGUUUGGUGCUGCAAUACUGUCGACUGGGUCAUUGUCAGAAGGCCGGCGAUCUUCUUUCUCGAGGAGAACUAUAUCUUGCCCAACACAAGGUCUCCUCCCUGGCUACUAUCUCUUACAAGCUUGCACGAGUGGAGUACCUUCUUGAGACAGGAGAAGUGGAAAAAGCUGCACCUGUUCUUGCGGCAGCUAAAGCCCUGUAUGAAAAGAGCCAGAAAUCAGAUGAGAUGACCAAUCUGUCUGUAAUGUCCAAGAUCUCUUGGGAAAGACUCAUUGCAGACGCCACCUUCAUUCAAUCUCGUCUUUCCACUGCUCAGGGAUCGAUGACUGACGCACUCUUCUUCGCAAAGCUAUCUGUCAGGCUUAACUGUCGCAUCUGGGCAAAGGUGGAGAAACUAGCUCAACGAAAGCAAGACAAGCAAUUGUCUGCUGUCGCAAGCUCUGAUGUUGAAGCCAUAGCAGAUAGUGUGGCCAAGCUCGAUCUAUCUCAAAAUGGAUCAUCUCCAGAUCUCUCGGGCAGCUAUAUUCAAGGUGCUCCAUUCUGGCCACACCUUGGAUCGCAUCAUACUUGCUUGUUAAACCUUGCCACCUUGUCAGCUCACCAUGGCUUGUUCCAGGAUGCUAUUUACUACGGACAGCAAGCAUUGAAGAUUGACAAGACGCUUGAUGCCAAUGUUCGUCUUGUAGCAGCGCAGACACAGCUCGGUUGUUACUGGAUCCUUGGAGGCCAUGUGGAGGAUGGACAAGAGCUUCUCACUGCAGCAUCGGAGUCAGCGAAGCUUAUUCAGACUAGCGUGGAAACGGUUUCGUUGCAUAUGGCUCUUGCAUCUCUGUGCAAGGUCCAAGGACAGCAUGAUAAAGCACUCCGCUGGCUCCAGGAAGCUGACAAGGCUGUGACAGCUGUGAAAUCUUCUGAUGCUGCUAGCAUCUCAGAGGCUCCGAAUGUUGCACUCCUUGAAGCGAAGAUGGAAAAGUUGCAAGUGCGGAGCAGUCGUCGAACACCCUCAACAACCACUGCGACCACUGCGACGAGUACUACCACACGACGCACUCGUGCAACUAGCUCGGCUACAGCGACUGCUAAGAAGGCCUCGACACCCAAAGUCCCUCUGCCUGAAGUGCAGUCGAAUUCUUUGCUACGACUGAAGAGUGAUGUACUCCGCCAGCAAGCCGACUGCUUACGCGCGCUCCGUGAUUAUGAGCGAUCUGCGCGUACACUUGCCGAGGCACGUCAAUUCGCGACAGCUAGAGAAAGCAAAGUCUCGCUUGAAAUUGGUGAAAGCGAACAUCUUUUAGCCGAGGCAAUCCGUCAAUUUGCAAGUCACGCAGUCUACUGUGUCCUCCCCGAAUCCACUAUCUCUUUACCGUGUCUUAAGUCACCAAGCAAAGGAGGAGAUGAGUUGAGUCCACCAGUUGCGAAGCCUGCUGCUACGAAGAGAGCAAGAGCCCCGACAAGAGGAACUCGCUCCAAGGCUCAAAAAGCCAGCGAAGAUUUCUCUAUAAUGCUUUCCAGAGCAAAUGAGUGCCUGACUAGUGUCUUUACUGAUGUCACUGUACUUGGUUCUACCUUGGAGAGUCAUGCGGCCUCUCGCUUGAUGAGUCGGAUCUCUAUGCUAUCGCAUGCUACUACUCCAGGCCCUGCAACCUGGGCUCAGUCACCUGCGAACAUGAAUGACCAUCACCUGUCUAAUAUUGAAGUAGAAAUUGGUCGUGUUGGAGCAUUCGCUCGCGAACGACUAGCUAUUGAUUUCGAUCGACAACUAUCCGACUUUUCUGAUCCCCUUCUCUGGCCCAAUCCUUCUGCUUCAACCAUCGGAAUUGACGAAACUCUCUGCUCCAGCUUUGCUGAGAAUUAUGUUGAUAUUUUGCCCGAGAAUUGGAAUGUGCUGUCUCUAUCUCUGAGCGCUGACAAUACCGAGUUUGUGGUUUCCCGACUACAGAAGAAUCGUUCUCCAUUUUUACUCCGUCUACCCCUUCGGAGAGGAAACUCCGAUGAUGAUGAAGAAGAGCAAUUCACCUUUGAGGAUGGGAAGGAAGAGAUGCAAGAUGUGAUCAAGCUGGCCAAUGAGAGUUCGCAUGCUGCUAAAGCCCAGAUUGACAAGAAAAUGAAGCGAGAGUGGUGGAAAACCCGCGAGAGCUUGGAUAAUCGACUGGAAAGUCUCCUCCAGAAUAUCGAGAACAUCUGGUUUGGAGGGUUCCGAGGUGUGUUUUCGCCGCUUGCACGGGAUACUACUGCCUUGGCUCGUUUUGCCAGUGCAUUUCAAGGUAUCCUGGAUAAGCAUCUCCCCUCACGUCAAAAAGGUGGGAAGGCAUCCUCUUCCUCUUCUUCGCCUCGUCUUACUCUCCAUCGAAACGUGAUCGAACUGUUUGUCGGUCUCCGAGAUCUCGAGCAGUCCGAGGAGCCUGAAGAUACACUCAUGGAUCUUCUCUACUUUGUUGUUGAUAUCCUCCAAUUCCAAGGCGAGCGGAACGCAUAUGAUGAGAUCGACUUUGACAUGAUGGUUGUCGACACCCUCGAUGCAUUGCGAGGCUAUCACGAAGCUGCACGCGAGGAACUGGCCUCCCGUUCACCGAGUCAUACCAUUCUGGUACUCGACAAGGCUCUGCACUUAUUCCCCUGGGAAUCUCUCCCUUGUCUCCAAGGGUACCCUGUUUCCCGAGUCCCAUCUCUACAAUGUCUCCGCGAACGAGUCCUUCAAUUCCCUGAAUCUCGUUCCGGUGCAGUUAUCGACCGUGCCUCAGGCUCUUACCUUCUGAAUCCUACCGGCGAUCUCCGAACCACACAAGCCACCUUCGAAGAAGAUCUGUCAGGAUUAAAGUCCUGGAAAGGAGUCACGAACCGCGAGCCAACAGAAGACGAAUUCCGCGACUGUCUCGAAUCAAAGGAUCUAUUCCUGUAUUUCGGCCAUGGCAGUGGUGCCCAGUAUAUUCGCGGGCGUACAAUCAAGCGAUUAUCCAAAUGCAGCGUCACAUUCCUGAUGGGAUGUAGCAGUGGAACCUUGACCGAGGCUGGUGAAUAUGAGCCCUAUGGAACGCCUAUGAACUAUCUCCAUGCGGGAAGUCCUGCGCUCGUGGCUACAUUGUGGGAUGUUACUGAUAAGGACAUUGAUCGUUUUGCAUCUUCUACUUUUGAUACCUGGGGAUUAUUCAAGGGAAAGCAAUCCAAUAAUGAUGUUGGUUUGGAUACUGCGAUUGCGAGUGCUCGUGGUUCUUGUGUGUUGAAGUAUUUGAAUGGAGCGGCGCCUGUUGUUUAUGGAGUUCCUGUGUUUUUGGCAUAG